AUUAUAAUAAAGGGACAAGUACAACAACAACAACAAACACAAUAACAGCUUUGGCAAGAGGGGAAAAAUAAACAAGAGUCACUCAAACCCCGGAAAAAAACAACAAUGCGAGGGAGGAAAACACACAGGCCUUGGCUGGCUGGCUUUCCAUUCAAAGACACACUUGUCGUUUUGCUUUCGCUGUCCGUCCGUCCAUCUAUCGAAGCGUCCGUCUGUCUGUGUUUGAUCCUUGUUCAAAACUGGCAAGAAGAACAAGUGCAUUGAUGUAGCAGGCAGGCAGUCUUUUUCUAUUCCCACACACACACACAUGCACAUUGGCAAAUGAGCGAGUGAGCCCUGAGCGCGAAUGAGCCAAGUUAACCAACCGAGCAUAACAAACAACCCCCGACGGCUGACGACGGCGAGUUCAAUCGAUACCAUGUACUAACAACACUGCAGGCCUAGGAGGCACUCCAGUACCAACGAGGAGAAUAUACUAUAUAGCAACGGCGAGUAUUUGAGUUGGUUACCUUGGUAGCACCCAGUUUUUAGGGAAACAGCGGCGGCGGAGAAACGUCGACGGUGGAAAACUCCAAACUCACAUACACAUAUCCUAUCGGAAAAAACGUAUCCUUAAAAACGAUUUGUAAACGUAUACAGAACACCAAGGGAAUAACGUCAUACUUUUUUCCUUCCAAAAAUUUUAUUGAAAUUGGAUUUUUCAUUGAAUUGAAUAGAAAACCAACAUCGGAAUAAAAUCAAAUCCUGAUUCAAAUCAGCCAACUUAUCAUCCACGACCUCUUAUUUCUUUUCGCAAGGAUUUCACAUCAAAGAAAAAAAAAAUAUUUCAUAAUUUUUUCGUCGCCCACAUCGCGUGGCGAAUUUUGGCCCCAGGAUUAGCCAAGGAUAUAGAAGGCCAACAUGACCACUAGAUUAGCAGCCCCUAGAAGCUUUGUGCUGGCUGCUAAUACGACGACAGCCGCCACGGGAAUCAUAGAUACGUCGUCUCCUACACUGACGGUGGUGUCAACAGAAACAACAUCGGCGGAUACUAUAACAACCGAAUCAAAUGUUUUACCCAUUAUUAAUGCCACAACAAACGACAUAACAGUGCCGCUAGAAACCCUGGUAACUAGGGACUCUUCUUCGCUCUGCUUCAAUGGCGAGGAGUAUCAGUUUAUUACCACUGAACAAUUGCAGGAUAUUAUGACGCAGAAAACAUUGGUGGCCGCAGCGGCGGAUCCGCAACAACAACAGAACCCAUCCUCCGGGGCAACAUCGUCAGCGGGGACAUUGCACACCGGGGGCCAAGACGAGGUGGCUGUCAUUAAUGUGGUGGUGCCCAUGGAUAAUACUGACGGCUCCAGCAACGAAGCUCAUCAGGCCACAAUGAAUACCUUGGCUGCCAUUAAAGAGGGGGUUGUCGAUUUGGCAUCGCAUCACAAUAAUAAUGAUGAAGGAUGUCACCAAUUUAUAACUGUGACGGUGUCAGCCCAAGAUGCUGGUCAAAACUAUCAAGUGCAAUAUGUGGACGCGGAGCAGCUGUAUCAGGCCAACUCAACGCAAACGCAGAUUUCCUAUCCCUUUUGUCCUCUGCAAGAGUUUCAGACACAGCAAUCUACAUUUUUCACCACAACUACGGCAGAUUUUAAUGCAUCCGGCAUAGCAGACCUAUCGGUGAAUGGUGAACAUGGAGCCUCCUCGAUUAUGCCUUAUCUGGUGCCAGUGGAGGAGAGUAUGUUGCUCAAUACCUCGUCGGAGGAUAUUCACAGUUCGCCGCAGACGCCCAAUUCAACUUCAACAUCGGCCAUGGGCUCCCAGUGCCUAAACCUGAUAGCUGACCAUGAUGAAAAUUCCAUGGAGACAGAAAAUAAUCAUAUCAUGGGCGGCAGUUCCAAUAAGAUAGCUUCGGCCACCGUCAAAUGGUUGUCCCAAAACUACGAGACUGCAGAUGGGGUAAGCUUGCCUCGCUCCACUUUGUACAGCCACUACAUGCAACACUGCAAUGAGUGCAACAUCGAACCAGUCAACGCGGCCAGCUUUGGAAAACUUAUACGCUCGGUGUUUGCCGGUUUGCGUACCCGUCGCCUGGGAACACGAGGCAAUUCCAAAUAUCACUACUACGGCAUACGCAUCAAGUCCGAAUCGUUGCUCAAGAAUCACGAACAUGAAGAAAAGUCACCAAAUUCCCAGAAAAUUGCCCAACAUGCCAAACACUUGGUGGCCAACACCACCAUGCAUCAACAAAGUGGCCAUUCAAAUACAAAAAUCCCCUCUGGGGUACAUUCCAGUGAAUCAUCGCCUACGGCAUUCCCUAAUGCCAAUAAGAAGAUGUCAAAGAAAAUCAUAUUCAAGCCUGAAACAUUUGCCACAUGCUCACAACUGCUGGGCGAUGGCACCGGAGCUAUUCCUCAUUUCCCUUUGCUGGAGUUGGAUCACACCUUUGCAUCCGAGAUUACCGCUCAGGAUGUUGAGAUGUUUCGCAUGCGCUACCAAGAACAUUGCGAGAAAUUCUUAGAGGCCAUUUUGAACUUGGAAUUCAAUGCCAUUGAAUAUCUGUGGCGUGAUUUCUGGCUGCAGGCCUCCGAACAGCAUCAUUUGGAAAAGUAUUUGACCAAGCGCAAAUGGGACUUGCUGUGUUUCUCGCCCACCAUACAAAAGUUUGUGCAAGACAUCGAUUAUCAGUUUUUCCAGAAUAUGGUAGAUGUCAUAAUACCCGAUGUACUGCGUUCCAUGCCCAAUGCCUUAACACAGGCCAUACGCAAUUUCGCCUCCAACAUGGAAAUCUGGCUGAGUGAAUGCAUGUCGGAUGUGCCCGAACAAAUGGCGCACAUCAAGAACUCCACAGUCUCGGCGUUUUGUCAAACCCUAAGGCGCUACACAUCUCUCAACCAUUUGGCUCAGGCCGCCAAGGCCGUCUUGCAGAAUAGUACCCAAAUAUCCCAGAUGCUCAAAGAUUUGUCGCGAGUCGAUUUUCACAAUGUCCAAGAACAGGCAGCCUGGGUGUGCCAAUGUGAUCGCAAGAUAGUGCAGCAAUUCGAGAAUGACUUCAAGACCACUCUGCAACAAAAGAGUUCUCUGGAGCAAUGGGCUUCCUGGCUGCAGUUGGUGGUGGACACAGCUCUGCAGGAGCAUCGUGGCAAACCCUCGUAUGCCAAAGCUGCUCGUCAAUUUUUGCUCAAGUGGUGCCUUUACAGUUCCAUGGUCAUACGCGACUUGACUCUGCGUUCAGCUCCCAGCUUUGGCAGUUUCCAUUUGAUACGCUUGCUCUACGACGAAUACAUGUUCUAUUUGGUGGAACAUAAAAUUGCUCAAGCCCUGCAGAAGACCACGAUAGCAGUGAUUUGUGAUCGCAACGAGAAGAAUAUCAACUUUGAAUUGGAUUAUCAGUUGGAAUUUAUAUCGACGGCAGCGGACACCUCCUCACCCAUGCACUCUGAACCGGAUGUCAAACGCAUGAAGCAUAGCAACUAAGUGUUGUGGAAACAUAUCAUUUUAUAAGUUACAAAUUAAACAAAACGAUAUUUGCUCGAGGAAAAUCGUCCUCCACUAAAACGAAAAAAAAAACAACAACAACAACGAAGUUUCAUUAACUUAAGGAUUAUAUUUUUGAUAUUUUUUCAGUGCCGCCUGCCUCUCCAGUAUUAUAUAUAUGGGAGAGGGACAGACACCUACAUACAUAUCUACGACAUUGUCUACGGGUGACCGUCGAUCCUCCUCAAAAGCAAUACAUACUAACAUACACCACACAUACUAAUGUAUUUUUUAAGUGUUUAUUAGAAAUUAGAAGGAAAAAAAAAUGCUAAACUAAAGAAAUUACCACCCUCAUCCAUAGAAAAGUUAAUUGUGAGGG